UUUGUCACAAUAUUAACCUUUUGUUGUGAUGUGUCUAUUUGCAAUGAAUUAUAUUAUAUACGAAAUUAAUUACCCCGUAAGUUUGCGGUGUUAACGUGUGAUCUAAAAGCUGUGAGGUUUUGUGUGCGAGUAUUGUGGGAGAUUUGUUAAAUAGGGAAGACGUUUAGUCGACGAAAUUUAUGGAAUGUUUUUAUGGAACAUCAUCGGCCGCCGCCGGACAGUUCAACCGUUGCUCAGCGACCGACUGCCAUUUAUUUAUCGCGUCAUUUCGUAAUUACCAGGUUUCAUAUGGGAAUCGCGAGAAAAAGGUGGUAAAUAUUGUAGACGUUUAUUAUAUCAAGAUGGCUACCGACGGCAUUUAGAUCGUUCACCGAGUGGUACGUAACUGCGCGAUUUUAUGAUUAAAUGGAAUUUCCUGUGCCCGAUUUGGCAUUUUUUGUAAAAAGUAAUCGUAGAGGAGUGGUUUGUUUUAUGUGUCAUAUUGCGAAAUAGAUGCGUUUCGUUUUUAUGAAAGGAUUUGUUUGAUGGUCGCGGGCCGGCGGUUAGCAACCGAAGCGCGCGGGCCGAACCUCAGUGAGAAUCAUGUGCGAACCUGAGGACGUAUCGCAGGCCGUGUGGUCUCGUUGGAUUUUAGAGGCCAUACGGAAGAUACGUUCUCAGAAGCAACGACCCAGCGUUGAGAGGAUUUGUCAUGCGAUUCGUCAACAUCACAAUUACCACGAAGACGUCGUCUCCGAGCAUCUCGAAGCGGCCGUCAGAGAUGGCACGGUCCUCAAGGUAUUCAAUAAAGGGCAAAGUUCCUAUAAGGAUCCCAUGGGCUUACAAAAUCGCACGCUCGUCAUCGAGAAAGGGAUGGAAAUUACCAAAGUGAUCGCGAAGGCGAUUCGCGAAUUGGGACAGCGCGAGGGAUCGACGCUCAAAUCCAUCGAGAAGUACAUAAGGCAAUCUCACACCGUCGUCGAAAAUCCCGAAACCGAUCUAAAAACCGCGUUGAGAAUGGCAGCGAAGCGCGCCGUCUCAAGAGGGUUAAUUAUUCAGGAGGGAAAGGCGUUUAAAUAUAAUCACUCGAACAGUCCCACGGUUAGAAGGAGAAUUGAUUCGUCCACCACCCCUAAAAAACAACAGCUAGAUCUGGACGAACCGCCGAGUCCCUCGGCUAAGACCACUGGUAUCCUACCGAUAUGUAUGGAGUGUUUGGGAACGGAAGCGAAAAAUAGCAAUGGUUUGUUUGAAAAAUUGAGUGCCUGUUCAGGUUGUGGGUCGUGCGUACAUGUGUCAUGUACAAAUAGCGGCCCAGAGCUUGGUUUACUUAUAGCGAAAGGAAGCAAAUGGUAUUGUGAAGAUUGUAGGACAUGUAAUUCGUGUGAAAAAGUGAACGUCUCAACCUGCCUUUUAUGUUGUUGCAAUUGCGAUCGAAUUUACCACAUGAGUUGUUUAGAACCUCCUCCGGAACGUAAACCAAAGUGUCCUUGGCGAUGUCGGCAUUGUUUAACGCAUCACGAAAGUACAAAAGCAAAAAGAACGAAGUCCGGAACUAACGUUAAAAAGAAGAUCGACAAAGUGCGGGAAAAAAUCAAAGAGAAAACCAAAAAAAACGGUCUGGAAAACGCGGAUGAUCCACCGAUCUCUACUACGCCAAUCCCUAAGGGAAGUUCGCGUAAAAACGCGGCGCCGCAAAUUAGCGAAAGUGAUAACAGCGAUCACGAGGGUACGCCAUUCCCCACCACUAGUUCUCAUCUCCACCCUUCCGACAUUCGUACCUCUCCUACCAUUGACCGCCUUGAAACCUCUGACCGCAUGUCUAAAGAGAAGCGUAAGUUCUUCAGGCUAUCGGCUUUUAAUGCCGAUAAGAAACGCGACAAAAAAGUCUCACCCGUCAGUAACGGCGACCCAAAAGGUCCGAGCGAAAAGAGGACGGUCUCCAAAAUGCAGAAGGGAUCGCAAAAAAGAGUUUGCAAAAACACGGAGAUAACCGAUAAGCUCGUUAAAAAAUCCAAAGGUGCUAAUGUAAGAAGAAGGCUAAUCCAAACCAAAGAAUUAUUGGAGUCCGAUUCUAAUUGCUCUGAAAGUACUAAAGUCAGCUCGCAUAAAAAAAGUAAUAGUGCCAGUAGUAGCGACAUUUCAAGUUCAGAUAGCGAUUCCGACUCCUCCUCAAAACCAAAAUCAGAUAUCGUUAAAUUAAAUUCAAAAUUACCAUUCGCGCCAAAAGAGCCGGAAACUUUUGGUUCAGUUGGAGGAAUUUGUAUUGACAACAAAGACGUAUGGGGGUUUGCUGCGGCUGCCGCACAAGGAACGACGCCAUUCGACGUAAGUAAAUCGGAUGAUAAGACCAAAAAUUCCGAAAAUGAGGAUGCAAGCGAAAAAGGUAGAUCUGCCGGUAUAAAUCAGCUAAAAGGAUUAUUCGACGGUCUCUCUCACCUUUUCGCAACACCAACCCUUAAUCGCUCUAGGUCUGGAAAUUCUCCAAAUUACAAUCCAACUCGGCGGAAGAAAGAGCCCGAGGUUGUUAAAAGUCAAACUGAUUUGAGUGAUACAGUUGAUGAUGCCGUGAAAAUGGAAAUGGUCAGGGACGUUAAAGUUGAAAAGACUGAUGCACCGGAAGUGAAGGAAAAAGAUAUAAAAGUUGUUAGCAGUGACGGUCUUAAGCAAACGAAAGUCGCUCACUUAUCCCACAAAUUCCCGCAUUCAGCUAAAGUCCUUACCUCCGAGAGUGUACAAAUGACACCUUCCAAUUUGGUUAAAACGGCAGUUAACUCAAAAAGGCACGAAUUAGAACGUAGGAAGUUACUUAAGAGUGAAGCUGGGUUGGAUACGGCAAGCCUCUCCAAUAAAACAUUACAUGAGGAUGUUCGUAUGAAAAAACGAAAUCUAAUUGCCGAAGCUACGCAGGCAAACCGUCAAUUCUCGUUGCUGCCACUUACCAACAAUCGCACGGGUAAGAUCCGAUUCCAACCCAACUACACUUGCUUCCUUUCUAUCCUUCUAACGCUUACCUCUACACCUUAAAUUUAUGGCCACGGCAACAGUAAGUCAUUUACUGUCCCAAGUUAACAAUCACGUGGAGUAUUAUUGAGGCACCUAUGUGUGAGAGUUGAUGUUUUGUGUGUGUUAUUCAUCACAUUUUGAGUGAA